GGAGGGGCGGGGGUCCCAUCACUGAGCACCCAGGCCGGGGGUCUGAGCCGCCGCCGCCGCCGCCGGGGUCUCACCUCACCCCCAGCCCCGGGCUGCGGCCAUGGGACCCCAUUCCAGCUCCGGCUUCUACGUGAGCCGCGCGGUAGCCCUGCUGCUGGCCGGGCUGGCUGCCGUGCUCCUGCUGGCGCUGGCCGUACUCGCUGCCCUGUACGGCCACUGCGCGCGCGUCCCGCCGUCGGAGCUUUACGACCGCGGGGGCCCGCACGCCGCGCCCUCCCCGCCAGGCAGGCAGGAGCCGGCGCGGACCCCGAAGCCCGGCCCCACUCUGGAGACGGAGGUGGCGCCCACCCCGCGCAACUGGCGACCCCCGGGACCCUGGGACCAGCUGCGCCUGCCGUCCUGGCUCGUGCCGCUGCACUAUGAGCUGGAGCUGUGGCCCCGUCUGAGGCCAGAAGAGCUCUCGGCGCCGGCGUUGCGCUUCACUGGCCGCGUGAACAUCACCGUGCGCUGCAUCGCGGCCACGGCGCGGCUGCUGCUUCACAGCCUCUUCCUGGACUGUGAAAGCGCCGAGGUGCGGGGACCACUGUCCCCGGACGCCGGAGACGCCACCGUGGGCCGCGUGCUGGUGGACGAGGUGUGGUUCGCGUUGGACAUGCAGUACAUGGUGCUAGAGCUCGGCGAAGCCCUGCAGCCCGGGAGCCGCUAUGAGCUGCAGCUCAGCUUCUCCGGCCCGGUGUACCAGGACACCAGGGAGGGACUGUUCCUCAAUCUCUACACGGACCAGGGUGAGCGCAGGGCCCUCUUAGCAUCUCAGAUGGAACCAACAUUUGCCAGGAAUGUUUUCCCUUGUUUUGAUGAGCCAGCUCUGAAGGCAACUUUUAAUAUUACAGUUAUUCAUCAUCCAAGUUAUGUGGCCCUUUCCAACAUGCCAAAGCUAGGUCAGUCUGAGAAAGAAGACGUGAAUGGAAGCAAGUGGACUGUUACUACCUUUCACACCACGCCCCGCAUGCCCACUUAUCUAGCCGCCUUUGCCAUCUGUGACUACGAGCAUGUCAGCAGGACUGAAAGGGGCAAGGAGAUACGCAUCUGGGCCCGGAAAGAAGCCAUCGCAGCUGGAAAUGCAGACUUUGCUUUGAACAUCACAGGUCCCAUCUUCUCUUUUCUGGAGGAUUUAUUUAAUAUUAGUUACCCUCUUCCAAAAACAGAUAUAAUUGCUUUGCCUACUUUUGACAACCGUGCAAUGGAGAACUGGGGACUGUUGAUGUUUGAUGAGUCAUUAUUGUUGCUGCAACCAAAUGAUAAACUAACAGAAAAAAAGACUGUGAUCUCCUAUAUUGUCUCCCACGAGAUUGGACAUCAGUGGUUUGGAAACUUGGUUACCAUGAAUUGGUGGAACAAUAUCUGGCUCAAUGAAGGUUUUGCAUCUUAUUUUGAGUUUGGAGUAAUUAACUACUUCAAUCCUAAACUCCCAAGGAAUGAGAUCUUUUUUUCUAACAUUUUACAUGGUGUCCUCAGAGAAGAUCACGCCCUGGUAUCUAGAGCCGUCUCCAUGAAGGUGGAAAAUUUCACAGAAACCAAUGAAAUAAACGAGCUCUUUGACCUAUUUACUUACAACAAGGGAGCGUCUCUGGCCCGGAUGCUUUCUAGUUUCUUGAAUGAGAAAAUAUUUAUCAGCGCACUUAAGUCAUAUUUGGAGACAUUUUCUUACUCAAAUGCUGAGCAAGAUGAUCUAUGGAGGCAUUUUCAAAUGGCCAUAGAUGACCAGAGUAAAAUUCUUUUGCCAGCAACAGUAAAAAGCAUCAUGGACAGUUGGACACACCAGAGUGGUUUUCCAGUUAUCACCUUAAAUGUAUCUACUGGUGUCAUGAAACAGGAGCCAUUUUAUCUUGGAAAAGUUAAAAAUCAGACCCUUCUAACCCACAAUGACACAUGGAUUGUACCUAUCCUUUGGAUAAAAAAUGGAACUACACAGUCUUUAGUCUGGCUAGAUAAAAGCAGCAAAGUAUUCCCUGAAAUGCAAGUUUCAGAUUCUGAUCAUGACUGGGUGAUUUUAAAUUUGAAUAUGACUGGAUAUUAUAGAGUUAACUAUGAUAAAUUUGGUUGGAAGAAAUUAAAUCAACAGCUUGAAAAAGAUCCUAAGGCUAUUCCUGUUAUUCACAGACUUCAGUUGGUUGAUGAUGCCUUUUCCUUGUCUAAAAACAGUUAUAUAGAGAUUGAAACAGCACUUGAUUUAACCAAGUACCUUGCUGAAGAAGAUGAAAUCAUAGUGUGGCAUGCAGUUUUGGUGAACCUAGUGACCAGGGAUCUCGUUUCUGAUGUGAACAACCAUGAUAUAUAUCCACUAUUAAAGAGGUAUCUGUUAAAGAGACUUAUCUCAAUAUGGAAUACUUAUUCAACUAUAAUUCGUGAAAAUGUGGCAACAUUGCAGGAUGACUAUUUAGCUCUAAUAUCACUGGAAAAACUUUUUGGAACUGCGUGUUGGUUGGGUCUUGAGGACUGUCUUCAGCUGUCAAGAGACCUUUUCAGAAACUGGAUGAACCAUCCAGAGAAUGAAAUACCUUAUCCGAUUAAAAAUGUGAUUUUAUGUUAUGGCAUUGCCUUGGGAAAUGAUAAAGAAUGGGAUUUUUUGUUAAAUAUCUACAAUAAUAAAACGAAGGAAGAAGAAAGGAUUCAACUUGCUUAUGCAAUGAGCUGCAGUAAAGAUCCGUGGAUACUUAACAGAUAUAUGGAGUAUGCCAUCACUACAUCUCCAUUCACUUUUAAUGAAACAAAUAUAAUCGAAGCUGUGGCAGCCUCUGAAGUUGGCCGAUACGUUGCAAAGGACUUUUUAAUCAACAAUUGGCAAGCUGUGAGUGAAAGGUAUGGAGCACACUCAUUGGUUACUCUGUUAUACGUAAUAGGGAGAACCAUAAGUACGGAUUUACAGAUCUUAGAGCUGCAGCAGUUUUGCAGUAACAUGUUGGAGGAGCACCAGAGACUCACAGUUCAGGCCAAAUUACAGACAAUAAAGAAUGAAAAUCUGAAAAACAAGGAGCAAAGUGCCAGGAUAGCUGCGUGGCUACAGAAAAACACAUAAUUUAGUGGCAACUUUCGGCCCUUCUCUUGCAUAUUAUAAUGUGCUCACGGUUUUGUCUUCCAAUAUUCUGUGAGUCUGGAAAACCACACGUUUUGUUAUUCGUAUUUCAGUCACAUUUACUACUCAGAGUCCUGUUCGUCCCCUAUUGUCACGUUUGGCCCUGAGGCUCAGUGAUUGUUGAGGAUUUUGCCAAUAAUGCUGUAUUUCUGGGGAAGAUUUUGCUUCAUGUUGGGCUAUAAACCACAUGAUUUACUUUAAAUGCCUUGGAAAAACAAAUU